CUGAGCUCUGGGGCCAAGGCGCCCGAGGCUUCCCGGGGCGCUCGGCCAGGAUGGCAUCAGCUCUGUGUCCGCAGGUGCUGUGCAGCCUGGGGGGCUGGCUCUCACUCUACAUUUCUUUCUGCCACCUGAAUAAGCACCGAAGCUACGAGUGGAGCUGCCGGCUGGUUACAUUCACCCAUGGAAUCCUCUCUAUAGGCCUCUCAGCUUAUAUUGGCUUCAUUGAUGGCCCCUGGCCUUUUACCCAUCCAGGCUCACCCAAUACUCCUCUCCAAGUGCACGUUCUCUGUCUCACCUUGGGCUACUUCAUCUUUGACUUGGGCUGGUGCAUCUACUUCCAGUCUGAGGGGCCCCUGAUGCUGGCUCACCACACACUGAGUAUCCUGGGCAUCAUCAUGGCCCUGGUGCUCGGGGAGUCAGGCACAGAGGUCAACGCGGUCCUCUUUGGAAGCGAGAUCACCAACCCCUUGCUACAGAUGCGCUGGUUUCUCCGUGAAACAGGCCACUACCACAGUUUCACUGGAGAUGUGGUGGACUUCCUCUUUGUGGCCCUGUUUACUGGAGUGAGGAUUGGUGUAGGAGCUCGCCUCCUUUUCUGUGAAAUUGUCUCCCCCAAGCCCAAGUGGUUUGUGAAGGUUGGGGGAGUAGCGAUGUACGCCGUGUCUUGGUGUUUCAUGUUUAGCAUCUGGCGCUUCGCGUGGAGGAAGAGCAUCAAGAAGUACCAUGCCUGGAGGAGCAGGUUGAGUGAGGAGCGGCAGCAGAAGCACAACGGCCAUCUCAAAACACACUAGCCGAGGCUUUCUCCAGACGGUGGAUUGGGUUCAGUCAGCCACGGGACCCAGGUUGGAGAUACGGCUAUUACAGAAUCAGGCUUACAACGAACUGAGGUUUCACAAAAGGGCUACACCUUAUCGGUCAGUUUGGUCAGUCUUCGAGUGGAGCCCGUACCAGUAUUAAAACACUAAUGUCUACCAUGGCGCGGUUGUAGAAAAGCGAGACUACUCGGUGGUAGUUGUGAGUACGUCAGCGCCGUGAGGUGAGCAAUGCUGCGUUCCUGUUAGUUCCUGGUGUCCCUGGGUUCUCUUGUCCCUGGGAUGCCUGAUGGCUAGACAGCUCAGGAAGGAAUUAGAAUCCCUUUGAGAAUUGACUCCUUGAACAAACCCUUAUUCCCGCUUUCCAUGUAGCAGUUUAAAUAAAGUCACCCCAUUUACUGUAAAGGGAGGGACUUUCAGGACGAUGAACGUCUGACAUUCUGAGCAUCGGAUCAGGGAACUGGAUGUGCUCACACAAAGGGAAAGAGCUGAGAGGAGGUUGGGGUGAAACUGGCCUCGGUAAUGGGUCACUUCUUGAGGCCUCCCUAUACCAACUGUUGAGGCUCACCAAGACACCCCCCCCCCGCUCCCCAGUUUUGGUGCUUUGCUUGUGGGAUUCACAUGACUCAGAAUGUAGUCAAACUCCUAGCUGUGAUCAGUUAACAGUGAAGGGGUCCAAACAGGGCUGCAAAGGGAAAAGAUGCCAGGGGCAGAGUCAAAGGGAAACCAGGCCCAAGCUUCCAGAGUCCUCUCCCAGUGGGAUCACCCAGGAUGUGCUUCCUUGCUCUAACAAUUUGUGGCCAUAUGUGUAAAAUGGCCAAUGAGGAAGCUUAUUAACUGCUCAGUGCCCAAGUUUUUCAUUGGGGGCUGGUCAUGUAGGCAACCAUUGCCUGGCAUGGAGCAAAAUUCCUGACUCCCAGCAGGAAAGUAGGUGUUCAGCAUGAACCAUAUUGUCUGCACAAACAGUUGAGGCAUGGUGAGCCAUUCUCAGCACUUAGUGGAAGGAGCGCUCCCGAAAUCUAAGUUCCCAGAUGUCAGCUAAGGGCCAACCUUGCAAGUUGGCCUUUCCAAGGACAGGAGUUCAGGCCUGCCCUGUUAACUCUUUUCUGCACAAAAACCAGAGAGCUAGGGCUUUGGGUGAGAGAUGAGGUGUGGGCAGAUUUACCAAGUCCUGUUGUACGGGUUCUGCCCUACCGGGAAAACUAUGCCAAUUCUCAGGGCUUUUGUGCAUUAAUCUCCCAAGCAUGAGAGGCUGUGAGUGAAUUCCAUAGGGAUUUACCAUGUGGAUUCCACCGUGCUUGAGAUGGCAGUUCAAGUUUCAGCUCUGCUAUACAUACUGCAAACCAGAACCAAAGACAAGUGUACUGGCCGCAGGGUGAUGAGGCUAAUUUUUUUUUUUUUAAUUUCAUAUACAUUCCCUUUAGCCCUCUUAACUACCUUUUCUUUUCUCUGACAAAGAUGCCCCUCUCUAUGGAUAAAGUAUUAUGACAAGGGCAGUCUUGGAAGGGAACAAAAUAUUUCUUAGUGCAAUAGUCUCUAAUCUCACCCAGGGAAAGCGAGAAUGUAAGCUUAGAACGAAAGGUUAGGAAUCAAGACUUCCUGGGUUCUUUUAACUAAUUUGGCUGCUCACUUGCCAGAUCAAUUGGGCAGGUCACUUGUGUACUCUUUGUCUCGGUUUAAAACCUGUGGUGAAUGAAUGAAAUACCCCGUUGUGUAUUUCACAGCGACACUGUGGCAUUUUAUUAAGGGGUGUCUUUAAUGUAGGACUUUUAUGGAAAAAAUUAUUAUUUAUUUAUUUAUUUGCUGUUUAUUUAUUUAUUUGAUUAUGUAUUAUGUUAUUUAGACCACUGGGGAUUGAUCUGCUCAGUUAGUGAGCAAAUGUGUGGGGCCACUGAAGGCUAAGCCUAGGUUGAUAGGAAGUCUCCACCCAUUCUGUGGUCACUGGUAAUACUAACCUAAUGAGUGGUCUUGAAAAUGGAUGUCACUGGCCAGGCAUGAUGGAGCGUUGGAACCGCAUGAAGUCAUUGUUGCUCUGGCAAAAGCAGCUUUCAAGGCAUGUUAAUAGUGGGUCUUUUAAAAUGACUGUCAUCGGGUUAACGAGUUUUGCUGCACAUGGAAAUAAUCUGACAGUAGCGUCUCCGUCUCUUUUCUUCUGUGAUCGGGAUCCCCAGAAUGCUGGUGAGCUUCUUUCCAACAAAACUGUGGUCAAAGUUGGAUGCUGGGGAAUGCUGAUUUUAGCAAAAGCCUAAUAAAAAAGAGUGGCUUGGCGCAGGAGCUUAAAAAAAGAAAAAGCUGGCUCUUGAAUUUUGGCACAGUGCAACCUGUUCCAUACCAGACAAAUGAAUAGGCUUAAUCUGGUACCAAUUUUUUUUUUUUUUCCUUUUUACUCCUCAGAAGUGAAGGGAUUGCAGACCUUGCUGUUUUAGGGGUACUCUCACGGGAAUGUACAUAGGUUUCUUUUGGAUUUUGAAUGACCUAAAUAAUAAGAGAAGAAAAAUUGUUCAUUUCAGCUUUUCUUGAUGUUUUAACUAAUAACUAUGAAGGAACCUCCCUGAGAGAAAAAUGGGACAUGCAGGUGAGUCAGCAGUUAAGAUGCUGUGUUUCUACAUCACAGGUAAACGAAGGGCUAAUUAACAUGUGGUAUGGUCAGACAAAAUGAAGCAUUUUAUUCAUUUGCCUUUGGAUUACUAUGUAAUAAUUCCUAACACUGCUCAAGAUUUAUACUUCAAUGAGAUUUGUACUAAAUUUUAUAAAAAUAAACAACUUUUUAUC